CUGCCUGUGGUACUUGAGUCUGUAAAGAAUAUGGCGGCUGUCCUCACAACAGCCGAUAUGACCAUUCAAAAGAAUUCUAAGAUUUUAGUAAAUGUUGAAGAAGCUUUAGAAGAUUUAAUUGUAGUAUCCUAUACAGACGUAAACAAAAAGUUUCAAGGUGUACUACUAGACUCUAAUAAAGGAAAUUUGCCUUUUGGAGUCUACAGUCUUCAUCCAUCGUUUACCAAGCAAGGUGAACAGGCAGAAAAUAAAGAUGAAAAGUUACAUUCCGUUAGUCAAAGAUUUACUUAUCAAGAUCCCGAAUAUGAAGACGUGCAAAAGUCAAAAAAACAGGGUUCAAAAUCCAAACCCCAGGCGCGACAAAAGAUGACGGUGAGAUUACGUCCUAGAAAGGUAUUGUGUUCAAAUUGCCAAGGUAUUUGCAACGAGAAUAGCGAAAACGUCGACGUGUCCAAGAAGCGAAAACAUGACUUGGAUGACGAAUCACAGAGAGAUAGUUCUGAGUCAUCGAAGUUAGAAAAGAAGUACCUCAUGGGCAGCAUGUUGAUACCUAAACUAUCUAAAUUACAGCCUAGUGAUAUUACAACUGCUACUAAAGCAAAAAAUACGUCCAAAUCUAGUGACAGAGGCAGAAGCUUAAAGAGAUCUCACAAUGACGAUGGACCGACGAGGGAGCUUGCUUUUGUUAGUGUUUCGGACAAUAGUGAUAAAGAAGACGCGAAGGAUGGCGAGAAUGCAUUUAGUAAUUUAUUUUCUAAUGCCAGGACACUCAAAAUAAGUUUCGGUGAGGGCGAAGGCACUGUAGUUAAAAUACCGCCAUUGGCUGGUGAUUUCAACGAAGAUUCCGGUGUGUCAUGUGAUAUGGCGAAACCAGAUUCCAAAGCUGUUAAGAAAGCUUUGAAAAAGGCGAGGAAACAAGCCAAAAAAGGCAAUACAUUAGAGAAAACUGUUAACUUGUGGAUAGAAAAAUCUCCAAAGCAUAUCGGAGCUUUAUCCCCUCGAAAUAGCGUUUGUAAUAGUCCACCAUCAUUAGAUUCCUUGGAGAAGAAGCAUAAACACAAAGUCAAGCAUAAAAAAAAGCAUAAAAUACAAAAGAAACGAGAUGAAAACACAAGUAAAAGUGACGCAGACUCAAUGGAUUGUUUCAGCACCACUCAGGAAGAAUGUUUGAAGCAAAAGCUAUCCAUCAAUUUACGUAGACUCAGUAGCAAUUCAUAUGAACAUAGGAUUGAAGAAAACGAGCUAUCCGAAGACUGUGAAAGUGAAAUGGUACCAGAUUUCCCCGCCAGUAUAGAGAGUGUGGGGGGUAAAUUGCUUAGAGUGUCAGUCGGAGAUAUAGUGUGGGGUAAAAUUGUAGGUUUUCCAUGGUGGCCGGGUAAAGUUAUGAGUGUGACCCCAUCUUCUAGGGCACAUGUAUCAUGGUUUGCAUCUACCACAUCAUCGCUGAUGCCUUGUGAAAGUUUGAGCCCUUUCCUGCAAGAUUAUAAGAUACGUUUCAACAAAAAGAAAAGAGGUCCCUACAAGGAGGCCGUCAAACAAGCAACAAUAGAAGCGAGAAGAAUUGAAUCUCAGAAUGAUCCGCUUGCGAGCCCAACACAUAUAACCGACUCAGCCCCACAUACAAUAGAUGUAUUCUCAUAA